AUGGUGACUGCAAAUCAAUUAAGAAUUGUUCUGUCUCCAAUCCCAAACCUCAUUCCUACAGUUUCUACUUCGGUUACAAUGAAGUUGGAUGACUCUAACUAUCUUACUUGGAGUUUCCAGAUCAAGUUGCUUCUUGAAAGCCAUGUCAUCAUGGUGUUCGUUGAUGGAUCAAGAAAAUGUCCUCCAAGAUUUGAUGAUGAUUCUGAAAUUGAAGGAGUUGAAAAAGAUGACUACUUGAUGAAAAUUGAGCUUCAGAACAUAAAAAAAAAAGGGUAUGAAUUUGUGUCUAAUUAUCUCCAGAAGAUCAAGGAUGCAAGAGAUCAUCUUGUAGCUGCAGAACUAAUGUUUGAAGAUGAUUAUGUGAUAAUUUUUGCGCUGAAUGGGCUUCUUGCAAAAUUCAACACUUUCAGAUGUGUUAUAAGAGGAAGGGAAAAUGGUAUAUCUCUCAAGGAUUUCAGAUCCCAAUUACUUGCAGAAGAAGCUAUCAUUGGUCAGUCAUUUAAAUCUUCUUAUGUUUUACCAUUUGGAACUACAAUGGUUGCUGGUACUUAG